AGCUAGAGUAAAUAGUUUUAUCAGUGCCUCGCAGAUGAUGCUGUUCACAUAAUUUUGAAGAAGAGUAAAAUUGCCCUCUUCCACAAAUUGAAGAUGAUUAAAGUCAUCCGCCUGGGCCUGUUGUUGAUUCAAAUUUUAUGCUCUGUCCAAGGUCAAUAUUUUAAAAUAUUCACUAAAAUUAUCAAUGGAAAUCUGAUAUUUACAUGGAGCAAUGUAUCAACAAUCCACAAUAUUAUAACCAUCACUAAGGAUUCUUCAGAAUCUGGCUGGAUAAUGGUUGAUGAUGACCAAUACAGAGUGGAAGAUGUUACGCUAUACAAAACCGUAACGAUAAAGGUACGGGAGUUGUACACAUCACAAAAUUAUAAAGACUACAAAAAGACAUUUAACAGCAAAACUGUAGAAUCUAAAGAGGGUGAAUCGAGAAACAUUUCAUGGACUGAAGAUUAUUUUCCUAGAAGUGGGAUUUACUUAGUUUUUCAUGCAUAUAGCAAUUCAGUAUCAACGAUAAUGCAGAUAAGAGACAGUGACCCGUCAACUGAAAAGUACGUUUAUCACACCCGACCCGUGGAUUCUGUUUAUAUACAGUUUGAGGUGAUGAAUAUAACGCUACAAGAUGCCGGAUAUUACGUAGGAGGUAUCUCCGAGGCAGAUGCUUGGUCAGGAGGGGGAGUUGUUCUAAUUGUUUUUGGAAAACCAGUGAGAGCACAAAUAACUGGGAAUCUGAACGCUCAAGUCAGAAAAUAUGCCUACCUGAAAUGUGAAAGUAGAUCUACGUCUGCCCCGUCCUAUUACAAGAAGUUUCCGCCAUUAACGUACUCAUGGUUUGUCAACAAUACUAAGCUAAAUGGAGAGGUCAGAGAGACCUACAGGUUUAUUGUCACCAAAGAUGUUAAAUACAACCGAUACAGCUGUCAGGCCAAGGAAACCCUAGAAUCAGAAAAAAGUGACGAAAUUCAAAUAAACCCUUUAUAUGGUCCAGAAACUGUACUUGUAACCCCCGAGCCACCCAUUGACGGACUAAGUGUUCAUGACGAGGAAACAUUUGGUCCAUAUAAUUGCUCAGCUGACUGUAACCCACCUUGUACCGUGCAGUGGAAACUCAGAGAUCCGUUCUGGGGUUUUAGAGACGUUACACCACUUGGGACGUCUUCAGUUACUGUACCAGAGAUAACAGCGAAUAGAACUAGUAUGGCUAUGAUAAGAUGUGUUGUAAACGGCACGGAAGGGAAAGAAGUAUCAUCCAUCAAGCUGAACAUUCAGUAUUUAUCGAAUCCAAAGAUAUAUAUUAAUGGCAAUCUUCAAAAUAGCCGAACCGUUGAUGAAGGAUCUCCUCUAUUUUUGGCAUGUAACAUUGAGGGAAAUCCAGUUCCAGUUACUAACCUAAAAGAACUCACUGGUAACGAGAUCUUGGAGCAACGUAGUACUACCUGGUUAAACCACACACUGAGAAGGGAAGCAGUGUGCUCUGACACAAGCACUUACAGCUGCGAGGGAAGCUCUUCAGAGUUUGAAAGAAAAUAUCAAUCAUUCAAUAUCAAUGUUCUUUGCGAUCCUCGCCUUGAUAUGUCUGCAGUAGUAAAAACCAAUUAUGGUUCCAUGAGUGGCCCAGAUGUGAAUGUUUCUGUGACUGUGCCAGUGAUAGCAAACCCACCAAUAUCUCCAUCAGGGAUCACGUGGUCAGGUCCUUCAGCGGAGUCUAUAUUAACCAAUUUAGAUUUACAAAGAGAUACUUCUAUAUACAAACAAAUGAUAAUAAGCAGCAUUCCUAUUCCUGACCAUAGAGCGUUCGGAAACUACUCACUGAUGUACAGAGGAAAAACGAUCAUUGAUAUUACAAUUAAUGCCGAAGAUAAACCUCAGCCACCUUUGAACUUUACCGGAUAUUCCUACGCUUCAGGAUACAUCAGUCUUACCUGGAUAUCAAACUUUAAUGGCGGACCAGACCAAGUCUUCACCUUGUAUCGUAAAGAAGGAUCCAAUUGGAGAGUUAUUAAAAAUAUAACAGACCCGGGGGAAGGUGAAGUUGGAUUUUAUGACCUUGGACUGUUAAACACAGGUCAAGAAUACUGGUUCCGGUUGGAGAGUUGUAAUAGAAUUAGCUGUUCCUCAAGACCUGCUGAAAUAAAGGUCAGAGUUCAAGGUAAUUAAAUAAGUGGUUUGUAAUAUUUGUA